GCUUUUUUUUUUUUUUUUUGCAACGAAACCACUAAUUUCUAGGACCACCCCAUUCCUCUUUUUUAUUUUUUUUUUUUGCACGUUAUGUGUGUGCCUGCGCGCGUUUCUUUACUUUCAAACACAUUUCCAUUUUUAAAGGCCGGAGCUGAAGAGAGGGCUGCCGCACGCGGGGCAAGGGAGUGGCGGGGACCCUGGUGGCAGUGUGGAGCGGUGGGGGCUCCUGCUGGUGCAGACGUGGGCGACUGCGGCUUUAAGGAAAAGGCCGAGGUCUGACGGGGAGUGGGAGUUAGGGACAGGGGAGGGGUGGGAAGAGUAGGGGUGCGGGGAGGAGCCCUGAUGUAAGAAUGUUAAUGAGAGGCUCCCCAGCCCAGCCCCCACCACUCCCCACUCCCACCCUCCCCACCGGUUGGAAAUACAAGCCCAGCCUCGGCGCGCCUUGUGUGGUAACACGCUCCGCCGCUGCCACGCUAUUUAAACUCGGGUUAUGGAUCCAGGAACCGGCGCGAAUCAAUGAGAUCAAACGCGAGGGAGAUGCACCGUCAAUUACAAGCACCUGGACAAGUCUAACUUUUUCUUCUUUUACAAAUACGCUUUCAAAAGAAACCUUAGCAACGCCCAAAUAAGAAGCCACCUCUAAGCAAAAUAGUAUAUAUAAAGGGAGGGCGAAUAUAUAUAUAUAUAUUUAUAAAAAGUAUAUUUAUAAUAUAGCUGUAUAGGUUUACACCCGGUGAACUUUUUCUUUUCCUUUCUUCUUUUUUCUUUUUUUUAAACGAGUGGCAUUGCAAAGGAGGACUCUUCCUCUCUAUCUUUUGGCGAGUUAGUGAAGGGGGUAUUCUAUUUUCUUAGAGCGCCCAAGGGGGCGCAGGGACCUCGGAGAGUAGAGUGGGGAGGAAAGAGGAAGGGUGGGUGGGGGGCAGAGAGCGAGUCCGCAGCGAGGGCAGGCGCUUUCCUGCGGCACGAUGCCUUCCCUGCUGGUGCUCACUUUCUCCGCGUGCGUACUGCUCGACUGGGCGUUGCUGGUCGGCUGCACGGGUGGCGGUGUUGGCGGGGGCCCGGGCGGCGGGCGCCGGGAGAGAGAGGCGCUGCCGCCGCAGAAGAUCGAGGUGCUGGUGCUGUUGCCCCAGGACGACUCGUACCUGUUUUCCCUGGCCCGGGUGCGGCCGGCCAUCGAAUAUGCACUGCGCAGCGUGGAGGGAAACGGGACCGGGCGGCGGCUUCUGCCACCAGGCACUCGCUUCCAGGUGGCCUACGAAGACUCGGACUGCGGCAACCGCGCACUCUUCAGCCUGGUGGACCGCGUGGCGGCGGCGCGGGGCGCCAAGCCCGACCUCAUCCUGGGGCCGGUGUGCGAGUAUGCGGCUGCACCGGUAGCCCGGCUUGCGUCCCACUGGGAUCUGCCCAUGCUGUCAGCCGGGGCACUCGCAGCCGGCUUCCAGCAUAAGGACACCGAGUACUCGCACCUCACGCGCGUGGCGCCAGCGUACGCAAAGAUGGGAGAGAUGAUGCUUGCCCUGUUCCGUCACCACCAGUGGAGCCGCGCCGUGCUGGUUUACAGCGACGACAAGCUGGAGCGGAACUGCUUCUUCACCCUCGAGGGGGUCCAUGAGGUCUUCCAGGAGGAGGGCUUGCACACGUCCGUCUACAAUUUCGAUGAGACCAAAGGCUUGGAUCUGGACGACAUCGUGCGUUACAUCCAGGCCAAUGAGCGAGUGGUGAUCAUGUGUGCGAGCAGCGACACCAUCCGCAGCAUCAUGCUGGCGGCCCACAGGCACGGGAUGACCAGCGGAGACUACGCCUUCUUCAACAUUGAGCUCUUCAACAGCUCUUCUUACGGAGAUGGCUCAUGGAGGAGAGGAGACAAGCACGACUUUGAAGCUAAGCAAGCGUACUCAUCCCUCCAAACAAUCACUCUACUGAGGACAGUGAAACCUGAGUUUGAGAAGUUUUCCAUGGAGGUGAAAAAUUCUGUUGAGAAGCAAGGGCUCAGUGAGGAGGAUUACGUGAACAUGUUUGUUGAAGGAUUCCACGACGCCAUCCUCCUCUACGUCCUGGCUUUACAUGAAGUGCUCAGAGCUGGCUACAGUAAGAAGGAUGGAGGGAAAAUCAUCCAGCAGACUUGGAACAGAACAUUUGAAGGUAUUGCCGGGAAGGUGUCCAUAGAUGCCAAUGGUGACCGGUAUGGGGACUUCUCUGUGAUUGCUAUGACCGACACAGAGGCGGGCACUCAGGAGGUUAUUGGUGACUACUUUGGAAAAGAAGGUCGUUUUGAAAUGCGACCGAAUGUCAAAUAUCCUUGGGGACCUUUAAAACUGAGAAUAGAUGAAACCAGAAUUGUGGAGCACACAAACAGCUCUCCUUGCAAAGCAUCAGGUGGCCUAGAAGAAUCAGCAGUGACAGGAAUUGUUGUGGGGGCCUUACUAGGAGCUGGCUUGCUAAUGGCCUUCUACUUUUUCAGGAAGAAAUACAGAAUAACCAUUGAGAGGCGAAACCAGCAAGAAGAGAGUAACAUCGGAAAACAUCGGGAGUUACGGGAAGAUUCCAUCAGAUCCCAUUUUUCGGUGGCUUAAAAGGAAGUCUGUUCUUUUGGCUUGAGAUUCUUUAAGGAGAUAGAUGGGAUGAAAGACAUCAAUGGAACAGAAGGGGCAAUCCCGAAGAACUCAUUCUUUUAAGCAGUUAGUCAUUUCGUUGUUAAAUUUCUUUAGAAGCUCAGGAACUAUUAUUAAUCACCAUAUGCCUCCCAGCCUUUCAUCUCAUGACAAACAAAUAUAAGAAUAUAAUGUCACUCUGUUAAAUGUUCAUACUGUUUUCAAGGGCAUAUGAUUAGACUUAUGUUUUGAAAGUCUGAUGUCUCCAUAUCUUGAUGGCUUUGGGGGGCAUUUCACACAAGGAUAUAACAUGUGUUUUUCUUAAAUGAAAUGUUUUAUAGCUAGAAUAAAAUAAUUUUUGCAAGUAGAAUAUUCUUAGAAAGAAUUUAACCCUAAGAAGAAGAAAAUGUGAUGAAAAAUCUCAAGAUUAGAAAGACAGCGUUCCUUUCUCUAGCGCUGGUGGACAGAGCCGAGGUUGAGAACUGCUCUGUCCAGUGUGUAUAUUCAGGUCCUGACCUCAUAUCUCAAAAAGGAAUUUCCUUCCUGUCUCCUUCAGCAUCUCAUAAAAGCUACUCUGGAGAGCUGUAACUAAUGAGAUAAGAGGAUUUAUGCAAGAAAAGCAAAUCUAAAAUGUUUCAUUUUUUUAAAAAUAUAAAAAGCCCUAUUUCACACUAACGUUUUAUUUUUAAGUAUUUUAGUCUUAUAUUUUGCUAUUAGAAAAUGUGUCUAUUUUUUCAUUUCAAAGAUUAAAUUUCAUUUAUAUUUUAAAAGCAUAGGUAAAGUGUACAACAAACCAAUAAUGAUGAAAGAUGCCUUUCUUUUUCUCUGUUUUCCUCUUCGCCUUGGCCAUAGCCUAAUACUAAUUGCUGCUUUAACUACAGAGAUCUAGAAAUGUAUUCAUAGUAUAGAAUGUACAGGAGUACAUCCAUUUACGUGUUUUAAAGGUAUUAUCUUUGAGAUAGAUUCUUUCUAGUUCUGGCCAAAUGAUGAGUAUCAAAUGAUCAAGGAUGAAAUUUAUUAGGAUUAAGUCGAGUUUUAUAAAGAGACAGCCCUUUUUUUUUAAGAAGAACUUUAUGAGUUAGAACUUGAAUCACAGAAAUGCUAAAUUUAAUAAAUGCAUACAAGACAUUUUACCAAAAUUCACAAUGAUAAUUUUGGUUUAAAUAAGGAUUCCAAAUAGCUAUUAUAGUCCCUUUCAGUAAACUCCACAGAGCUUUGCAACCGUCCACUAAAAACCCGUGUAAUGGGGGCUUGGGUAUGGCUAUGAGGCGUUUGGACGAGGUUUAAUAAGUACUUACUGAAUCUCUACUUUGCACCCAGUGCUCUUCACAUAGGUUUAAACUCAGGUUGCCGCUGUCAUGUAUAAUUUGUGGAGAAAACAGACAGUGAGGGAAGAUUGGGGAGAUGCCAGAUCAGUGUACCAUCUUAAAAUGAUAUUGUGAGGGUCUUUCAUUAAUAAUGCCUGAGCAUCUGGAAAAUAGUUUUAAAAAUUAUCUUAACGUCUAAAGGACAUCUAGAGGAGGAAAAUAGAGGAGUUUAAGAAAAUAAGGAAAUAUAGGAAUUUGAAUCAUUCCUUGGUAGUGAUGGAGGCUGUGGGUCACACAGGUGGAGGCAGAGUAAGUGAAAGCUGCGUGUCCUGCAAGUUGGAGGAGCUUGCUUUCUGGAGGAGUCUGCCUCCAUCACGCCAGUCAAAGUGAACGGAUUAUUUCUACGUGAGGCACAUUCCCCCUCUAUUGUUUAAAAAUGGAAUGUGGGCAGCUGGAGAACAUGAUAAAACAAUGAACUCUGAUCAACUGAAGGAGCUAGGCUGUCAUUCUCCAUGCUGGGUGCAAAGGAAAAAGUGCUAAAUUCAAAACAGGACGGAAAAAGAAGGCAAGAAAGGCAAGCUCCAGCAAUUCUAAUGUAGGAAGAGAGUCUGGGAAGUAAAAUCCAGGAAAGCAAAGCAUUUAACAUCUCAGGACUCAGAGUGAAAACAUCAGUGUGAGGUUUGCCUCCCUCUUAUUUUCGUGAGUUGAGAGCUUAUUUCACUGUCAUUUUAAUUUUUCCAUAUAUUUUAGAGAUGUUCAUUUUCUACUAUCUUAUGCUUGUAAAAAACAUUAAAGUUUUGAACUUAUGUGCUUACUACAGGGGAAAAACACUCUACCUGGUUGCAUGCAGUCUUUGGGAAGAAACAUUUCCAACCUUUUAUAUAGGGGCCCAUUAAUUCUUAAUAUUUUUAAAGCAAAUAUCUUUUAUUUCUACUUUAGGUAGAGGAAGAGUUCUAAACUUAAUAUUAAAUCCCCAGAAAAAAAUCUUAAAAAUUUAAAUUUAGUCUUUUAAAAAUGGUAGAGCAAAUCCGGAGGUUUUUGAUUUGUGGAUGCCAUUCUCUUCCAAUCUUAAAGCGAUUCUGAGGUUCUUGAGGUUGACUAUUUACAUGUCUGUUGUCUAUCCUUUCUUCUUUGAAAUCAUCAUAUGAGUUACCAAAACUCUACUGAAAUUUGAAAACUCCCUUAAGUUGGGAAACCUUUGCUAAAAGAGUAGGUGUUUGGCCCAAGGUUAAGACUUCUUGGGAUUUAAGAUUCUAACUGCUGACAUCUUCCACAAUUAGUCAUUCAUACUUCACCAGUAGCCACAUACCAUAUAGUAAAAGAAGUAGGACUUUGGCUUUUAAAUUAUUCUAUAAAUUAUUACCCUGAAGUCCAGAGUGUUCAGAUUUCAAAAGGGAUUCUUCAUCAGUACUUUCUCAUCUCGCCAAACAUAAGUUGACGCUGAUACAGGUCAAAGUGAGUAUAUACUUUUUGUGUAUACUCUUGGUGUGGGAAAUAAAUAUAGGUUUUAUGGUCAUCAUCAUCAUCUUCUUAGGUUUUUUUUCUUUUCUGCACUCAGAAAUGAAAGCUUUCACCAGGCCAUCACUUCUAUUGAGGAAGAACUUUCUGUAUAGACUGUGUGUCUUCCUCCAGGAUGACCACAAGCUCUACAAGGAAGUCCCUGUAAACAGUACAUUUCUCAGAAGGACCAUCAGCUUGUCCUUUCCUGAACCUCAGACAUGGUUCCACAGGCUUUAAAGUGGUUCUUUACAUUUCAGAAGUUCUACUUAAUGGAGGGAGGGGAGAAAGAGAUAGAAAGACAAUGCCUCUUUUUCUCCUCUUCCUUAAAUUCAAAGACUUGGUGCUUUGGAAUAUCAAUCACUUCUCCGUCUGGCUCCUGGAAUCAUUCACUUAUUCAAGGCCCCUGUGCCCUUUGUGCCCCUAACCAACCGCUUUCCUUCUGGUUUUCCCUGAUUUGGGGAAUGUAAGAUUCGCCACUAACCGUGACAUUGAGGCCAUUGUAUAGACCUGAUACAGACAAAGACAGGAAUUCAGAUUAGGUCCAGCACCUCCUUGUGAGGGAGCAUAAAGUGGCUGUUUGUGGAAGUCUCUUUCGGAGACCAAAUAGAAUGUUAUGUCACUGGAAUUAGGGGAGGGUUUAUAAACUGAAAGGAAUGCAUACCUAUGUUUCUUGGGACGUGAAGCAUUCAGAUCCUGAGUGGAUGCUGUCAUAAUGCCAAACAUCAAGCAAAACUAGCAAAAUGGUGUUUUGCUAAAUUGGUCCCUCAAUCUACAUUUCCUAGGUUUUGUUUAGUUGUGCCUUGUGGUUCAGUGCUUCGUAAGGAAGCUGAAGAUGAGCUGAACUUCUUCUUCAGUGGGAAAAACUAAAACUAUCUACAAACAUGGAAUAUGUUUUGGGUGCAGUGUGGAAGCAUAGAGAAUGAGAUGUUGCUGUUGAGAGGGAUCUGUUCCUUUUCUGGAUCUUUAGAAAGACAGAAUAACCCAUAAUUUCGUUCUUCUGCAAGAAGCACGGGCCACACUCAGCAAGAAGAAUCAGGAUCAACAACAUUUCUCUAAAGAGAUGAUAAAAUAUACCCCUAUAGUAUAACUGCUUAUAUGUGUGAGGCCAGACUUUCUUCAGGUACUUCAACCAAAAUAACAUUUCACAAUACACAAUGCAGAAGCAGAUAUUAGAAUCCAAUUGUUUUCUAUUAAGUGGGACAUUAAAGAUAUUUGAAAAAUUAAAAAAAAAUCAAGAUCAGGCCCUUCCAAAAGAAACAGAAGAGGGUAGUGUUGCCAGCUGCUGUCAUCUUUACCACCCCUUCCUCCCCAGCCCCUGCCCAGUGUCCACUGCAGCUCCAAAGAUGCAUGAGCAUCUUGCUCAUGCAGGGCUCAGAUGUUUGGGAGCGGAUCCUCCAUACCUCCUGACAGGGAAAGAAGACAGCAUGCUGGCUGGAAGAAUGUAGCUGGCUUCUGAUCAGAACCUUUACCUAACUUGACCACAUGCUGUCUGGGCAGUUCAAGCCUGUGAUGUGCAUAUACUACAGCAAACCUGGCUCUGGUUUUCAGCUUGCCGGUCUCACGCAUGUCUCUUGCAGGUAUAACCCCCCAUAGCUAGGCUCUAGGAUUAAAAGGACUUUCAAAAGGUUGUGGAUUGGAGUUUGUUUGAAUUUCUCAUUAACCACUAAUAUUAAUUCAUACCAAAGGCAAAGCAAUUCUAAACCAGCUGAUGCUAUUAAUGCUCAUAUUUUAAGCUACUUCAAAUACAGGGAGAGGGUUUCAAUGGGAGUUGAGUCUCAGAAGUGAAAAUCCAUAUGCUGUAAUAAUGUAUACAUAUCAGGUGUGGGAUGAUUCCUAGGCGACAUAUUUGAACAAGCAGAAUUAAGAGCAAAAAUGCUGCACUGCUUUGAUUCACGUGUUUUAAGACCUCAGUUUCUAGGUGCAAGGAAUAAAGGGCCCAUUCACCAGUGCAAGUCACAACACAGGCUACCAAAGUAGUUUUUCUUUGCUAGGAGAACAAAGCUGUCAUGGCACGUAAUAACUGGGCAGAGAAGGUUGAGAAAGAGGAAAAUUUGGAUUUAGAGACAGGAUGUCCUAUUUAUUAUUCACUGCCAAAAUCUUAAACUGUUGAGUGUGCUGUGUUUUACAAGGCAGCAAUGAGGUACCCUUAACAGCGUGGGGAUGCUGUGAGUUUGCAGACCUUUUUGCUGGGGCCCUGAAUUCCCUGUGCAUGGUGAACAACAAUCCAAGAGGACACAGUGCAGACACUGUGGGGGAUUUACUUCUGCAGCCCUCGUCUUCUGGGCCAUAUUACUCAUUGAUAAUUUGCAUAUAGGUCUACCGAACAAUACAGCUACCAUGAGUCUGGUAGAAAAAAGUAAAAGCUGCACGAGCUACAGUACAGUUUACUAUUCUAAUGUAAGUAGAACUAUCUGCAUAUAAUGUGAUUUAAUUUAUUGUUUUAUGUAGAAAAUGAGAAUUAAUAACUGUGGAUAUAACCCCUGUUUUGUAUAAUGUAUUUUAUUUCUGGUGCAAACUGGUCAUUUAAGAUAUCUACUUUAUUUGGUGUUUGGAUAGAAAUGUGUAUGUAUUCUUGUAAAUGUUUCUGUUAAGCAAGAAUGCCACAUGCUCACAGUAUAACAAUGUGUUCUCAUUAAAAAAAUACAUCCCACAGAAA